AUGUCAUUUGCACGAGUAUGGAUUAAAAAAACUGGAAAACAGGAGAAUGUUUCAAUUCACGAUCUCGUGCAAUUUGAUGCUUCGCGAUACUAUUCUGAGAAAGAGGACGCACGUUCAAAACUUGUAUUUUCUGUACGAAGGAAAGAAGGUGGGACAGUAAAAUGCCAAGUUCUGGCAAUUGCAGGAUAUAUUGCUGGUGCAGGAUAUGGUGGAGGAUCUGCAGACGCGCCACCAAUAAAAAAUCAUCCGGCUUUUACUGAGGCGUUCAAUCCGCCGUCGCCCACCCAGGUGUACUAUCCUCCGCCGCCGCCCACCCAGAUGUACUAUCCGCCGCCGCCGACUCAGGCGUACAAUCCACCGCCGCACACCCAGGCGUACAACCCGCCGCCGCCGACCCAGGUGUACAACCCGCCACCGCCAACCCAAGCGUACAAUCCGCCGCCUCCGAUCCAGGCGUACAACCCGCCACCGCCGACCCAGGUGUAUAACCCGCCGCCGUCGACCCUGGCGUACACCCCUCCUCUGCCGACCCAGGCGUACAACCCGCCACCGCCGACCCAGGUGUAUAACCCGCCGCCGUCGACCCAGGCGUACAACCCGCCGCCGCCGACCCAGGCGUACAAUCCGCCGCCGCCGACUCAGGCGUACAACCCGCCGCCGCCGACCCAGAUAUAA